GGAGCAGUCAUGGGGGCUGGAUCUUACCGGAGACUCCUCUCUGCCGGGGGUGUCUGGCGAUGAGUGUGCUCGAAGCUCACCGAGUGAGAGGGCAACUUGAAAACUUCAACGCAUUUUGCAAGCACAUUGGACGAGUGGACGCUACAUCGGCGCGGGCAGUCCAAGCUGUGCUCGACGGAGCGGGAACAUUGCGGCUCUAACAGCAUUGACCGGCCAACAUGGAUGAUUUAGAUGCUUUGUUGGCGGACCUUGAGUCCACAACGUCCCACAUUUCAAAGCGUCCACUUUUCUUGUCUGAUGAGACGGCCUACUCGCUCCCUGUUGGCAGUCAGACCCAACAAGACAUCUGCUUUUCACCACAAGGCCCACCCAUUCCCUCUGAGAAAACCCUCAACGGAGUGCAGGAAACAGAAUUGUUCAGCUCAGAUAAGAGAAUUCUUGAGUCAAGUGAUACCAGCAGCCCAACUCAACCUCCUGGAGAAGAAGACCACGUGUACAGUUUCCCCAAUAAGCAGAAGAGCAGUGAGCCUUCACCUGCCAUGAACAUGUCCUUGGGCAGCAAUCUGUCAGAACUGGACCGUCUCCUGUUGGAACUCAAUGCCGUCCAGCAAAGCACCCCUGCCUUCCCCACAGAAGAGGAGGCAGCCCCGCCUCUCCCUGCCAGCAGCGUGGUCCACAGUAUUCAGGAGAACGGAGUGUCUGUUGCAUCCAAGCCCACACCACCUGUCUUAGAGAAGCCCAAACGUAGAGGAAUAGAGGAUGUGCGACCAAGUGUUGAGAGCCUUCUGGAUGAGCUGGAGAGCUCUGUGCCCUUGCCCAUUCCUACUCCCUUGGUGGUCUCAGAUGGACAAAUUGACGGACAAGAGGAAAUGCCAGCACAGCAACAAGCAAGAAUGUCUGCUUCCUCUGCCACACGAGAGCUAGAUGAGCUAAUGGCCUCCUUGUCCGACUUCAAAGUUCAAAGCAAUUCUGGCUCUCAGCUGUCAAUGAACCAAGAAGUAGUAGACCCCUCUUUGGUCACCUUUGACACUCCAUCCACAAUUACCCACAUUGACUCAUCUGUGGAUGUUGAUCUAACAUCCAGUUACACCACACCCUCCUAUACCCCUCUUUCACUGGAACUUCACAUUGAUGAAGACGGUUGUUCAACCCCUACCUUUUCAGCUGCUUCCACUGUUGUGAUUACAUCAUCCAGAAAGGAAAAUAGUGGCAAUGUCACCUCUGAAAUUUCUCAUGUGGAGAGUUUCAGUGUUUCUAGUAACCCAAAGCAACCUAUUCAGAGUCUGUCUGCCCUUGAAGUGUCUACUAGUAAAGCCUCAAGUGAAGUUACUGUUCAGAAUCCUUGUUUAAUGGAUGUUUCCAACAAGCCAAGUCCAUUUAUUGUGUCCAAACAGUCUAGUCCCAUUCUUAAAACUAAAAGUCCCAGUCCAGUUUCUCAACUAAGUUCUAGUCCAGCACCUCCAGGUGAUAGCCAAGAUAUACUUGAAAAGAAUAAAAGUCCGGUAACACCAACAACUCCAGAAACAUUGCCAGUGUCCACUAGCCCAGUAACCGUUCCAAGACUGUCAGGUCAGGUUUCAAGUAGUGCAAGUCCUGUGACUAUUUCUAGUUCCGAAACAGUUCCCAAGAGUCCAGUGUCAAUUCCAAGACUCUCAAGUCCAGUUCCGAAGAUUGCCAGUCCUCUGACUGUCCACAGUGAAUCAAGUACAGAGACUAUCCCUAAAAACGCACACCCACUCAUGCUUCCAAAACUUUCAAGCCCAGCAACAAUCCGAAAGAGUGAGAGUCCAGCUCCCAAAAGUCCUGCUGUAGUUACCAAAAAGAUUUUUACUGUUGCAGACACUAGUAGUUCCAGAAAUUCACCAGUCUCACUUGCUGCUGUGCCAUCAAAUAUCCCAUCUUCACCUCCUACCAAAAAGCAGCGAAGUGAAAUAAUGGACUUAACAUGGCCGUGCCGAGAGCCUUUACUGGAUAAUGCCUUAGACAAACUUUUAGCGCCUGACUCCACUCAACCAGAUGAGAGCCAACCACCCACUUCUGUUACGCCUGGGGAUGACGACAGACCAUGGGAUGAAGAAGAUGGAAUUUACCCAGAUGUGAGCAGAGAGGGUACCCUGACACCCAUGACUGAAGCCAGUUGGAUUGAUGAGUGUUUCACCCCCUCCACCUGCCCUGGGACACCAGAUGCAACGCUCGAUCUGCCGACACAGCAGCCAUCUGCUGUUGAGCGUUUAUCUGCUUCUGGCCAACUCAAGUCGGUUAUACGUCGCACAAAAGAGACCUCCAACGUGCAUCCGAUGUACAGGGACGGAGUAGUGCGACGUAAAGUGGGACCUAUUAUUGUGAAUAAAAGCAAUUCACAAGAUCAGCUCAUUGAGGAGCUGCAGGGAAAACUGGGAAUUGGCCGCGUGGAACGCCGACGUAAACAACGGUCGGACGAUUGGUUGACUGAGGGAGUCAUCGUGAUGUCAAACCCACAGCGAAUACGGGAGGAGAGGGCCCUCCCUCCUGUGGAUAAGAUCAUCAUCCCUCCUGAAUCUCCCGUGCCCCAAAGAAAAGUUCUCUCCCCUCCUAAGUCCCCUCCAGCCCCCAAAAAGAUACCCCCAGUAAAACAGACACCUCCGCCACUACCUCUGCCUCCUCCGCCUCCAACCCCUCCACCUCCCAAGGAGCCUACUCCUCCCCCAAGGGAACCCACACCACCUCCUGUCCAGCCGCCUCCAUCACCAAGCCCUCCACCCAAACCUGUCACACCACCUCCACCUCCCAAGGUUUUUGUAUCAGUGGGCUGUCAAACUGAGUAUGACCCCAUCUUCCCACCUAUGCAGAUCCAAUCACAGGGAAAGACGUCUCCCACUGGACCACCCAAACCAGCUAACAAGCUGGACAACAUGUUGGGGAGCCUGCAAUCGGACCUUAACAAGCUCGGAGUCCAGACUGUGGCUAAAGGCGUCUGUGGUGCAUGCAAUAAGCCCAUAGUUGGACAGGUGGUGACUGCCAUGGGGAGAACGUGGCACCCUGAGCACUUUGUGUGCACCCACUGCCAGGAGGAGAUAGGCUCUAGGAACUUCUUUGAGCGCGAGGGACAGCCUUUCUGCGAGAAGGACUAUCAUAAUCUCUUCUCGCCGCGAUGCCACUACUGCAAUGGACCCAUACUGGAUAAAGUGGUGACUGCUUUGGACAAGACUUGGCAUCCGGAGCACUUCUUCUGUGCCCAGUGUGGAGCCUUCUUUGGACCAGAAGGGUUCCAUGAGAAGGAUGGGAAAGCAUACUGCAGGAAGGACUACUUUGACAUGUUUGCUCCGAAGUGUGGAGGCUGUGCCCGUGCCAUUUUGGAUAACUACAUCUCAGCGCUGAACUCGCUCUGGCACCCUGAAUGUUUCGUCUGCAGGGAGUGCUUCACGCCUUUCAUCAACGGCAGCUUCUUCGACCACGAGGGCCAGCCGUAUUGCGAAGCGCACUACCACGAGCGGCGCGGCUCACUGUGCUCGGGCUGCCAGAAGGCCAUCACUGGCCGCUGCAUCACAGCCAUGGGCAAGAAGUUUCACCCGGAACACUUUGUGUGCGCCUUCUGUCUCAAGCAGCUCAACAAGGGUACCUUUAAGGAGCAGAACGACAAGCCCUACUGCCACGGUUGCUUUAUUAAACUCUUCAGUUAGUUGUCUGAAUUGUAGCACAUGCGUGAGUCUGAGACAUGAUUAUAGAUUAUGUUUCAGACUUUUCACACUGAAGGGAAUUCCCUGCCUGUCUAACCUCUCAGGCUUUUGCUAUACAGGCUUUUUUAACAGAGCUCAAAGAGAUUUCUAUUCAGAGUGUUAAUAACAACAGUACAAAUCUCCCUGUGUGUGUGUGUGUGGUGGACUAUGUAAGAGCUGUGACUUACUGUACAAAAGUCUGCAUGGGACACGGAGAGCGGUUAUGACAUUUGCGUGGCCAAUCAGAGUGAUUAUUCUAUGAAAAAGCAUCCAACCUAUUUCUCUUUGCACUCUCCAACCACACAUCUCUUGAUGAGACUGUCAUAUGAUGGAUUUUACAAUUUAGUGUGGCUUUUAUUUUUCUACUCUGCAAUAAUACCAAAAUGAAAAUGGUUUACCUUUUACAACCUUAAAUCAGUCGGCCACCCUUACACAUCAGCAGAUUGUUUUGAUACUUUUGGAACGACAGGGAAUAAGCAUAUUGACCCUUUUGCUUCGUCUUCUGUGCCAUUCAUUUUCAAAAUAGUCAGUUAGUGAGGAGUUAAAAAUAAUAUAUCCUACCGUCAUAAAACUUGGUGCAACACAAAGGUGUUUAUAAAAUGCAAAUUCUCUGUCUAUAUUCAUGCACAAUUUCUAGAUUCACAAUUUCUGAUGCAUAUUUUUACUGUUGUGACUAUCGCUGUAUUGAAUACAAAAAAAGGGGGACUGAUCUGCAUGCUCCUGUCAUUUACAUAUACCGUAGAUUUAUCAACGUCAGCCACCAGCUGAUGUCACAGUCCACAUCUACAGUGAAUUUCUAUCCAUGUAUUGUGACAGAACUGUGUUUUGUCGCUGUUUUGAUGAAAAAAUAGAUAUAUUUUUAACUCGCAUUGAUAUGGAGAGAGCUGGCUCUACUGGCAUGCAUGCUUGAUUAUAGUCCAGUACUAGCUUGUGGUUCAAAGUACACCCAGUACUCAAUAUUUUUAUCACAAAACUCACAAACUAUGAUCUUGUUUUGAGUGCCACGUGGUAGCAAGUUAUUUUUCCACGUUUAUCAUAAUUUGGUGUGCAAGGCAUCAAUGACUGUGAUGUAAGGUGGAGGAGGUAAUGUGCCAAAUGCGUCAAUGCAAUAAGGUCUAAUACACUGUGGAGUUCAGUCUUUCCUGUGAUUUAAGUCUUUUGGGGGUAAAAUUCAGGGAGAGCCUUUGGUGGAAAUGUUGAGCAUUAAGCUGACAGUGACUGUACAUCCUGCUGAUUUUUAGGUAACACAUAUUGCAUAUCUUUAGUUAGAUCGUUCUUCUACAAAUAUGAACAGGAAUAGAUUUUAUUUUUCUCCAUGUACGUCUUACAGUUACCUCUUUGAUUCAGCCUGUCAAUACAGAUGAGCCUUCUACUUUACGAUUAAGUGAGAUAUAUACAAGAGCAUUUUUGUGCGCUAUUCUUUUCUAAAGAGCGAGGCUCUUUGCUUGGGUGCGAUGUAAGCUUAUGUGGGUGCUCCUGAUCCAACCGACGCGAAUAAAAUCAUCUGUUGAUU